AUGUCUUGGACUGAGAUUUCGCAUCGCAAGAGAGAAGCUCUGCAGAGUUUAAUACCCCCGGAAUGGCGACUGCCCGCAUCUCGAAUCGCCGAUGCCGCGACGUGUCCUGACGUCUCGGUCCUUGUCUCGACUGAACUCAGUCACAACGAGAGACUGAUCACAGAAAGCGGAGUGGCGUUCAUCCUGACCUCGAUUGCGACAGGCGAAAUGACAUCGUUUGAAGUCAUGUCUGCCUUUUGCCAUCGAGCAGCAGUAGCACAUCAGCUGGCUAAUUGUUUGAGCGAGAUCAAUUUCGUGAGUGCUCGCGAGCAUGCGAGGAACCUGGAUGCUUAUUGGCGACUCCACGGUCGUGUAUCGGGACCGUUACACGGACUACCCAUAAGUGUCAUGGAUCGAUACAACAUCGCAGGUCUUGAGAGUGCAUGUGGUUUUAUCAGUUGGCUCGGAUCUCCUAAGAAGAAUGAGGACGAGGGCACCAUAGUGCAAAAGCUGCGACAUCUUGGUGCUGUAGUGUUUUGCAAGACCAACGUUCCCAUGAGCAUGAUGCUUGGUGAGACCACGAAUAAUAUUGUUGGCUCAACGGUCAAUCCUUACAACAGGAUUUUUUCUGCUGGAGGGGCGUGUGGUGGUGAAGGCGCUUUAAUUGCACUCAGGGGCUCGCCAUUAGGCCUGACCACCGAUAUGGCUGGAUCAACUCGCAUCCCCGCUGCAUUUUGUGGACUGUAUGGGAUGAAACUUUCCGAGGGAAGGCUACCAUCCGAUGGUAUCGAAAGUGUACUACCAGGAUUACCUGUCGGCUCCGGCUCAAUUGGUCUGAUCUCUCGAGAUCCUCAGUCUAUUCAACAUUUCAUCCAGCUGCUGCUAGAAUCUGCUCCGUGGUUAUCGAAUUGUGACGCUCUCGAGAUACCCUGGCGGCAGGAGAAACUCGAUGCCGUGCGUCAGCGGGCGACGCUUAUGAAUGGCAGCCUAGUAUUCGCGCUGAUGAAGGACGACGGCCAUCUGAUUCCCGAUCUUCCAACAAAGCAGGCUCUUGCGACCUUGGAACAAUCUUUGAAACUUUGCGGUCACGAGAUUGUUGAGUGGCAGCCGCCAUCACACAAGAUGGCCACUGAAACUCUUUUCCAAAUAUUUGGCUCGACCUCUGCCAAAUGUAUUCGCACCGCAAUCGAUGCUAGCGGAGAGCCACCAGUUGAUCAACUCAAGGAAUGGUAUCAGCAAGCAGAUCCAGGCUCACUGCCAACAGAGGAUUUCUGGAAACUAUGCGAGGACAUCCAACAAUACAAGCGUUCUUACUUGCAGUAUUGGUUAUCCAAGGGUGCUGAGACAGUCUCUGGUCGAGCAGUAGAUGGAGUCAUACUACCCGUAUCGCCGCAUGCUGUUACGCAGGAAGGGACGGAUCGAUACUUUGGAUACACGGCGGUGGCCAACGCGCUGGACCUUCCGUCUUGCACUUUCCCAGUCACAGUCUCUGUCGAUCAUAGUCAAAAACUUCCCGUAGGACUUCAGGUCAUGUGCUGGCGACUGCAAGAAGAAAAAGUUCUUGCGCUAGUCAAAGCCAUCAAAGAGUCUUUAGUCCAAACAUACAAUCAUGGCGUCGCUUAG